CAUGAGGACCAGCCACAGCAUGAGCAACCUGUUGGACCAAUCAGGAGGUGGAAAUCAAGCGGCACCCCCGCCCCCUGCCCCGCCUCCUCCCUCAGCAGCCAAUCAGUUUCGUCCGAUCUCUUCCUCUGCGGACAAGAGCUCAGAGAGACAACGGAAGCCGAAGUCUGAGAACCAUGGGCCAAGGCAUGAACUCUUCCCCAAGGGCACCAAUCCAUUUGCUACGGUGAAGCUGAAACCUACGGUGACCAAUGAUAGAUCUGCUCCCAAGUUCUGAGUCUCAUCACAAGGCGUCUGUG